AUUUUCUGCGAGUGGGGGAAACCCACUUGUGAAGCGCAUUCUCUCUCUGUUUUGCAGACUGCAUAUUUUUGAACGCAGAGAUUCGUGGUCUGUUGUUCGGAUUCAAUCGGAGCCCCUGCAAGCUGUACCUCAAGCUUUGCCAUCAUUGUGAUGAAUCGGAUGUGGAUCCAUGGCCCUGGUUACAACUGCUGAAGUUUGUGAUGCGAACCCACAGCUGAUUUCAAGUGGUGAGCUUCGGGCACUCCAGCCAAUUUUUCAAAUAUAUGGCCGUCGCCAAGUCUUCUCCGGACCGAUAGUUACCCUCAAGGUGUUUGAAGACAAUGUUUUGGUUCGUGAAUUUCUUGAGGAGAAGGGUAAUGGCCGAGUUCUUGUGGUAGAUGGUGGUGGAAGUUUGCGGUGUGCAAUACUAGGGGGCAAUCCUGUGGUACAAGCUCAGAAUAAUGGAUGGGCAGGCAUAGUUGUUAACGGUUGUAUAAGAGAUGUCGAUGAGAUCAAUGGUUGUGACAUUGGGGUGAGGGCUCUGGCCUCCCAUCCAAUGAAAGCCAAUAAGAAAGGUAUGGGAGAGAAGCACGUUCCAAUCACAAUUUCUGGCACUAGGAUCUCUGAUGGGGAAUGGCUUUAUGCUGACACUGAUGGAAUUUUGAUUUCCCGAACUGAGUUAUCUGUCUAAAGGCAUUUCCUUGAAAGACAUUAUGUGCAGGAUGAUAUUUGUGUUGGGUAAGUUCUGUUGUAUUGCUUCACCUAUAAAAAAAAAGUUCUGUUGUAUUGCUUCUUACUGUAAGCUGUUCUGGAGCUCAGUUUUGGACUUUUGCCUAGACUGUGUGGUGCUCAAUGAAACAUUAUAGUCAAUGUACGUUAAUGUCUUUGCCCGUCUGAAA